GGCGCCGCCGCAGCCCCGCGCGCAUAUAGGGCCGCUCCGCCGCUCGGGCCGCGCCGCCGCCGCCGCUCCAGGCAUGGCACAGGGCUCUACCUCACUAUGGCAGCAGCAGCGCGGCACAGCACCCUGGACUUCCUGCUCGGCGCCACAGCUGAUUGCAAUGCUGUUCUUAAAGCUCUACAGCCCAUUUUUCAGGAGCAGGGAAUGACAGAAACAGUUCAUAACUGGGAAGACCAUGGUUAUUUAGCAACCUACAUCAAAAAAAAUGGCAGUUUUGCCAAUUUGAGAAUUCACCCUCAUGGAUUAGUGUUGGUGGAUCUGCAGAGCUACAAUGAUCAUGUGAAAGGAAGAGAGGAAGUUGAUCAGCUUCUAAACAAAGUAGAAGAAAGAAUGAAAGAACUGUUUCAUGGUAAUAUAAAAAGGGUGAAACGUUUGCCAGCCAUUCUGAGAGGAGGUGUCAUUGAUAGAUACUGGCCCACAGCUGAUGGACGCCUGGUGGAGUAUGACAUAGAUGAAGUUGUUUAUGAUGAAGAUUCACCUUUUCAGAAUAUUAAAAUUCUGCAUUCAAAACAGUUUGGGAAUAUUCUUAUCCUCAGUGGGGAUGUUAAUCUGGCAGAAAGUGACCUGGCGUAUACUAAAGCCAUAAUGGGCAGUGGAAAGGAAGACUACACUGGGAAAGAAGUGCUAAUCCUAGGAGGUGGUGAUGGAGGUAUACUAUAUGAGAUAGUCAAACUGAAGCCAAAGAUGGUUACUAUGGUAGAGAUUGACCAAAUGGUGAUUGACGGGUGUAAAAAGUACAUGCGUAAAACAUGCGGAGAUGUCUUAGACAAUCUGAAAGGAGAGUGCUACCAGGUUCUAAUUGAAGACUGUAUUCCCGUACUGAAGAGGUAUGCCAAAGAAGGGAGAAUGUUUGAUUAUGUAAUUAAUGAUCUGACAGCUGUUCCAAUCUCCACAUCUCCAGAGGAAGAUUCCACAUGGGAAUUUCUGCGGUUGAUUCUUGACCUCUCAAUGAAAGUUCUGAAACAAGAUGGAAAAUACUUCACACAGGGAAACUGUAUAAAUCUGACUGAUGCCUUGACUCUGUAUGAAGAACAGCUAAGCAGGCUUUAUUGUCCUGUGGAGUUCUCAAAAGAAACCGUGUGUGUUCCCUCCUACAUGGAAUUAUGGGUAUUCUACACUAUUUGGAAGAAGCAAACUGACAUCUGAACAUCAAGAUUGAGAUUGUCCUAAAUGUACAUGCUGCAUGGAGCGUAUAGGCCUGCCACAUGCUGCAUAUUGGCAUCUUGAACCUUUAAAUUAUAUGCUGUAGAUGAUCCUGAAACUUAGUCAUGCUAUUGAUUGUGAAUUCUUUAAAUGUUUUUUUAUUAUUAUUUUAAUUUAAAAGCAAAUGGAAAAUGUAUAUUUUGACGAGCUAGGGUGUUAUUUUUGAAAGUCAACUUAAAGAUGAAUAAGCAGCAAAACUGUAGCUGCUGACUGCACUGAACCUUUAGAAUGUGAUCCUUUUAUUUUUUUGUAGACCUUCACAAACUGGUUGAUUAAAAAAGACAUCUUUAGCAUUUCAUCCCUGAAAGGUGGUCCAUGGAGUUUGUUUUUGCUUUUCCUAGAGAUUUUUCAUGUAUGGUGCUUUUGAUGUUGGAGAGGGCUUUUGUUUGGUUUUGGGUUUUGUUUAGUUUUUUUAAAUGAACAAUGUAGUGCUUCCAUAUAGAGAAGGGCAUAACUAAAAAGAAAAAAUCUUCUGAGAGAAUACCCCAAAUCCUUCAUUGGAAAGGGAAGAAAGCCAGUCUUAAAAUUUUGUUUAUUUACCCUAGUUUCAUUCGUCAUAAUCUCUGCUGCAGAAGAAUCUUUGACCUUUCACUUCCUGGAAUUCUUUAGCUGCUGCCAUAUUGAUUAUUUGGAUUCUGAUAUGGAUUUAACAGUCGGUUAUAGAGGCACUUUGGACUGAAAAGCAUGAAGAUCAAAGCUGGUUUUCCGUCCCCCACAGGGCAAGAAAUUGAGUUCAGUGAGGUUCUCGCGGGCAUACUCUCCCCAACCUUAAGGGAAGCACUAGAUUUCUGAAGCAAAGUUUGCUUUAGAGGAUGAAGUGUGGGUGUGAUCCAUCUUCAUGUGCCCCUGUAUUGAAUGUUUUGAGGCUUCAGUAGGAGAAGGUUUAGUUGUAUUGCCACAGAUUGACGAUGUUGUGUGAGGCCCUUGCUGAAUUAGAUUCGCUUGCAGUGUAAAAAUCAGUGGAAGAUGAGGUUGCAUUGUAGUUAUUCCUAAAGACAGAGCAUUUUUCUUUAGCAGUUUCUCAUGUUGUCUAAAGUUAUAUUUUUUAAGAAUUUGCUAUGUGUUGACUGAAACGUUUCUUUCAGUGUUUAAAAAUCCCACUUGAAAGUAGGUAGGAAGGAUAUAACCAUUCUGUGCAUUUCUGUAUUUUUCCAGGAUAGAAUAAAAAGUGCACUAUUUCCCUAAAUACUCUAAUCCUGAAAAAUAAUGAUUUUUUUCCAUUCAACACCUAGUAUCAACAUUUUCUUAGUUUUGUUGGAGAGAGUUGAUUUGCCCUCCCAAGAUACUGUUAAUGAAUACAAAAAGACCAAAACCUGUCCUUAAUCUGUAUUCUUAAACCAUACAUAAAGAAGAAUUUUAUUGCAUCCCACAUAUAUAAACUGUUCAUGGAAUCCGAGUAUCCUCUGUGUAAUUCCAGAUCGAUACUGGAAAACUUGCAAAAAUUUGCUCUUUGUUUGGUUUAUAAUUGGUGUAUAAUUGUUAAAAUAUUUUCAGUUUGGAGUGCCCAUGGAAACAUUCUUCAGUCUUACUGUUUAAAUUAUUGCAGUUAAUUCUCCCGUAUACAUGGGGCAUAGUUCUUCCAUGGCCACAGCUUGUGCAUCCCUAAAUACUCCCAAAGAGCAGAGCUUCCCUCUAAAAAGGAGAAAAGUGCGUUUCCCUGAGGGUUUUAGCUCUGUUGUAUGCAUUCCAGAAAAUACCUUUAUGGUGUUACCUGUAACCUAGUAGUGACCCUUCAUUUUUGAUCAGGACUGCAAUCAGUAUAUUGUAUAGCUGCAAAUGAAUGCAGAUGUCCUGUAAACAGAUAGGUGUAUUCAUAACUUUGCAAGCAUGAAUAUUUCCAUUGAUUCUUAGUGUGAUUACUCAUGUAGGUGAAAUUAUGCACACAGGCAUUCCCUGGGACAGAGCUCACAGCGUCUGUGUUCCCGGGUGAGCCCGACAGGUGUAGAAAUCAGUCACAACAAGUGGGGGUGGCUUGUUUUUUAGCAAGGAAACUUGUGAACUGGAAGAUGACUUGAUCUGCUUGCUGUACCAAGGCUUGUACUGCCCUUUAGCAUCGCUGCUCAGGGCUGCCUGAGCACAGGGAGCUGUUGGGUGUGCAGGGAUGUUCUGUAAUGAUUCCCAGAUUGACCAGGGGACCUGAAUCGCAUAUUAAUGGGUGAGAGGCAGCAGUGCUUGCAAACUUUUUCUUUUCAACUGAUUAAAUGAAAAAAAACAAAACAAAACAAAACAAAACAAAAAGAGGGCUGGAGGAAUUAUUUUUAUUCUUUAAACUUUUUUUUAACCUAGUUUUUUUGAAGUUAUAGAUGCAGUAUAAAGCAAUUCAGCAAACACUGAACAUUAUAUUUUUUUAAGUUGCUGAAUUGAUUUUGAGCAAAUAUAUACACAGUCGGUCUUUAUUUAUUUGUAACUGUAGUGUAGAUUUUUUUAAAAAGAAAACAAGUCUGUGUUAGAAUUUUCAAAUGCAAACUGCUAUAGCUGAUCGGUUUUCCAUGUUUAAGGCCAUUUGGGAAACAGCUAUGAUUGCUGCACUAUGUAUGCAAACAGUUCCCAAGAUAUGGUUAACAUUAGAGGUUUCUUAACUAUUCUUUGCACUAAAUGCUGCUUCCACCUAGAAUUUACUUGAUUGAUAGUAGUUUGUGCAAGGAGAAGACUGCUGGCGUUGUAUCUACUGCAUCAGUGCAGUGCACAUGUUAAAAUAAAGGUACGCUGUUAUUA